AAAGCUGAUUGAAUGUUUCGGUGACGUCAUGUAAAAUGGCAACCGGCGGGCCCGGGGUGUCGGUUUUGGCCCCGAACGGGAGGCGACAGACGGUGAAAGUGACCCCGAGGACCACGUUACUGCAGGUGCUGGAAGAAGUCUGCAAGAAACAGAAUUUUAACCCCGUAGAGUAUGACCUGAAGUUUCAGAGGACGGUGCUGGAUCUGUCUCUUCAAUGGAGGUUCGCCAAUCUUCCCAACAAUGCCAAAUUGGAGAUGGUGGGCGCCACACAGCAGAGAGCCGGGGCCGAGAGCAGGAAGGCACGUGUGGCGCUGCAGCUGGCGGAUGGCGCACGAUACCAGCAGGAGUUUCUUUGCAGCCAGACCCUUUGGGAUGUCGUCUCCCGGUUCCCAGAGACCAGAGUUUUCUUGGAGGCUUCAGGACUCGUCCCUGUCUGUAUCUACAUGAGGGAUGAGGUGACCGGGGAGCCGUCCUUAAGGCAAACAACCCUUCAGUCCCUGGGAAUUACCGGUGGAAGCGUCAUUGUCAGGUUUGUGAUGAGGAACGUUGAUCAGCCUGUGAAAGCCGAGGACUUGGCUGUGCCAAAGGAUGCAAUCUGUGAGAAGUCCACUCUCUCUCAGGAAGCGGAAAGCACAAUUGUAAUGGAAGCUGACGGGGAGAAGCCACCAGUGUGUGAAGAUGAAAAGGGCCUGUCUAAGAAAUCACGAGAAAAUGGCUCCAAAUCUGAGGCAGAUAUUCAGGAAAGGAAGGACGAGGUUCCCGUCGUAGAGUCAACCGGUGUUUCUUCUGGGGCUGAAGAACAGAAGAGGCUGGAGUCCAGUGGAACGAGUAGUGUGAUGUCUCCAGCCUCCGCUGGCUCUUCCCAGUCUCUUCCUCAGGCUCAGGCCUCUCCAUUCAUCCCCUUCCAAGGAGGUGGCCACCGCUUGGGAGGUGCCAACUUACCCGCAGAGUCAUCCGAAGCAGAGGUGCCACUUGCCACGGCCCAGGGGCCCUUCCACAGUCCGGGGCCUUCCAAGCCAAAGAAAUCCAAAACAGACAGGGAGGAGGUUGGAGGAUCUGAGCCAAUGGACAGGGAGCCACUUGUGUGCCAUUUGGAUUUGGAGGAGAACCUCAAUGUCCGGGUCCAGGAGCCAACAGAUGACUUUUUUGAGCUCACCGUAGAUGAUGUGAGAAGAAGAUUUUCUGAACUCAAAAGUGAAAGGCAGCGACUAGAAGAAUCGCCUUUAAUGACCAAGGCCAUGAGGGAGACGCAAAUGAGAGAAAAGCUGGAGCGAUACCCAAAAGUUGUACUCAGAGUUAUGUUUCCAGACCGGUAUAUCGUACAGGGAUUCUUCCGCCCAGCAGAGACGGUCGGUUCUGUGAAAGAGUUUGUGCGCAGUCACCUGGAUGACCCUCAGCUGCCGUUUUACUUGUUUAUUACACCCCCAAGGACCGAAUUGAAGGAUGAUUCCCAAACCCUGUUCCAGGCUGAUCUGUUCCCCGCGGCCGUUGUCCACUUUGGAUCACAAGUGCAAAGAGAACAUUUUCUGCGCCAGGAACUCCUGAAAGCCCCGGUUCCUCCGUCACAAGCCGAUGUCCUGAUCGACCGGACAAUGCCUCGCCCCCCGGCGUCUCCUCCUGCCCCAGGUUUGGAGAAUGCCGCAGGCGUCGGGCCGACAGAAAUCCCGACGGCACCCGAUAGCUCUGCUGCCUGUGAUGAACGCCCCGCGCCUAACGCCCCGCAGCAAGUUCAAAGAGAACCAGCAAAAGUUCCCAAGUGGCUGAAGCUGCCAGGGAAGAAGUGAGGGAGCUUCCUCGCUUGUGCAGCAUUACAUCGCUUCCAUUAAAAGAAGUCUGGAUGCCGGCGUGUUCUGCAGAAGAUCUCCUGGAUUAUUGAUUGACGACAGGACCUUUUAAAGGAUUAUCUAUUGCAGAUGUGAGUGCCCCCCCCUCUUGCUACUCCUGUUUGCCGCAGCUGUGCUGUGAGACCUAAAGAAAUCUGGUUUUUGAAUCAAUAAAAUCAUUACAUUUAAAAGAAAUCAAA